UAUUUGAACUGAAAGAGGCACUGAAGAGGCCUCAACUGAAAGAAGGAAGAAGCCAAUCUCACCAUUAUAUGUCCAUUGACCUUCAAUGUUGAAGCUUCCCCUUUGGUCUCUGUUACCAUUGAUGAUUGGUGGUGUUUGUGGCGGUAGCGCUGCAAAUGGACGACGUAGGAAAAGUCGAAAAGGAUGUGGACAUAUUGGUGGAGUUGCCCUCUUCUUUAGCUGGUGUGAAAUUGGUUGACUCACCUAUUCUCUUUUUCGUUAUUUCUCAUAAGGCUAUUAUACUUGAGCUUGCCGACAUCCACCGUGUAGCUGUGGAGGCGUCGGAUACUGGCUUACAAGGCGUUGAAUUAGUUCGUGAUCUUAGCAGGCGGUUAGAGUUCCUGAAAAUUGUAUACAAGUACCAUUGCGCUGCUGAAGAUGAGGUCGUCUUUCUUGCACUUGAUGCACAAGUGAAGAAUGUAGUCUUCACAUAUUCUUUGGAGCAUAAAAGUAUAGAUGAUCUGUUCAGUUCCAUCUUCAAAUGCAUAGAUUGCUUACAAAAGGAAACGGAAGAGUUUGCCAAGUUGUUCAAUGGACUUACGUGUUACAUAGGUACCAUUGAGACUAUUAUCUCUCAACAUAUGCUGAAAGAAGAGGAACAGAUCUUCCCUUCGUUGAUGAAGCGAUUCUCUUCCAAAGAACAGGCUAGGCUUGUCUGGCAGUAUCUAUGUAGUGUUCCCCUUUUGUUACUGGAGGAUUUUUUGCCUUGGGUAAUAACUUCUCUUUCCUCCGUUGGAAAGACAGACUUUCUGAAUUUCAUUCAUGUAGUUUUACCUGAAGAGACACUUAUCCAAGAGGUGUUCAUCUCAUGGCUUGAUGAUAACGAGCCAUCUGCCAAAUCCAGCAUUGAACAUGGAAAAGGAGCUAAAUCUCAUUAUGGAAUAGCCAAUAUGAAGCACAUAUUAAAGCAGGGAACCAUGGUGGUUAAUUCCAGUAAAAUGAAGCUACCGGCAAAGAAGAACCCGAUUGAUGGUUUCUAUCUUUGGCAUGCUGCUAUCAGAAGAGAUCUGAAAGAAAUUCUGGAGGAACUACAUCAAUUAAGAAGCUCAUUUUGUUUAUCAACCUUAAUGUCAUUGGUAGUUCAGUUGAAGUUUUUUGCAGACAUUCUCAACUUCUACAGCAUUGCAGUGGAUCAAAUCUUUUAUCCGUUGGUAGAUGAACUUACCAGGAGUGAUCCAUCAACUUCUCAUGAACAAUUUAUUGAAGGAAGUCAAAUUGAGGAACUACAGAGAUUACUAUACUGCAAGCUGCAAGGUGGAAUACAGUUAAAUGUUCUCGUAGAAAUGCUUUGCCAGCAAGUAGAAUCAUUUGUUGGGAGGAUCAGCAAAAAGCUUCAUUUUCUAGAAACCGAGGUUGUUUCGAUCAUUAGAGAGAACUGCAGCCAUGAAUUGCAGCUCUGGUUAUUGUACAGAAGCCUGCAGAUGUUGCCUCUUGGGUUGCUAAAGUGCAUGAUUAUCUGGUUCUCAGCUCAUUUAUCAGAGGAUGAGUCCAAACUGAUCCUAAAUAAUGUAACGCUGGGAUCUCCCAUAGUUAACAGGUCCUUUGCUUCUCUCUUAUAUGAAUGGGUUCGUACGGGGUAUUCUGGCAAGAUUUCUCUUGAAAAAUUUAGAAAAGAUUUGGAAGAAAUGUUUAGUAGCAAAAGCUCCUUGCUGGAGAAGUCAUUUAAUAAUUCUGGAAGCUCUUUCUCACAAUCGGAUAUGCAAUCAUUUGAUAAAUCUAAUAUUGUGUUAUCGCAACCAGCUUCUGCCAUGACAUCAAACAAUACUGUAUCUCAUCACCCUUCUCCCCUUGGCAUCAUUAAGAAGUUCGAUACAUCUUAUUCGUAUGGGAUCAAUACACAAAUAUUUUACUCAGACUCACAGAAAAACUUAUCCUUCUUUCCUGGAACUUCUUCCAGAUCAAGCAAUGAUUUAAAAGUUCCAAUUCGUGAGUUUAUACCAAUAGACUUUGUCCAUUUCUUUCACAAAGCCCUGAAAAAUGAUAUGCAGGAUGUCGUAUCCCUGUCGGUUAAGCUGGCUGAAGAUGUUGAAAUUCUUGGUCAAUUUCACAGACGCUUCCAUCAUCUACACUUCCUAUUGAGGGUUCAUAGUAAUUCUGAGGAUGAAGUUGCCUUUCCUGCGUUGGAAUCAAGGGCAACACUCCAAAAUGUUAGCCAUUCCUACACCCUUGACCAUAAUUUGGAGGUAGAGAAUUUCAACAAGAUUUCUGUUAUCUUAAAUAAACUCAUUAGUUUGCAAGGUGAUGAGGUAGUUGAUGGUAAGCAGCUCAAGUAUAAAAGGCUUUGCUUAAAGCUCCAUAAUGCAUGCAUAUCUAUGCAAAGAACACUAAUUGACCACAUCAACCAUGAAGAAAUUGAACUCUGGCCACUAUUCAGAGAACAUUUUUCUGUUGAGGAACAAGAAAAGAUUGUCGGAAACAUGCUUGGAAGAACAAAAACAGAGAUUCUACAAGAAAUGAUUCCGUGGUUGAUGGCAUAUCUAACAACAGAUGAACAGCACAGCAUGAUGAUGUUGUGGCGCAAAGUUACAAAACAUACAAAGUUUUUUGAGUGGCUGGGAGAAUGGUGGGAACCUAUAAAGAGUGAAGAGAGUGUAAAUGCUGAAAUGGAACCAAAGACUUCUUCUUUACUGUCUAUUGAUCCUCUAGAAGCUGUCUCUACAUAUUUGUCAAGAAAUGGUGUUAAACAAGGAAUAUGGAAUGAGAAAGGAUCAGAGUUCGUUAAUCAUGAUUUUUAUCAGCAUGGAUCUUUUACUGCAGAUAAAGCACAUAAUGGCAAGGGAAAACAAAAUAUUGAUCUAUCUGAAGAUACGGCACGAUUUUCUACUGUGGUUGACAAGAAGAAAUGCACUGAGACAGUUGAUUGUGUUGCUCAGAAAGAGACAACUUGCCAGGGUAUAGAACAAUGUGACAAAUCAAGGAAACAGGAGCACCAUCUAAUGACUCAAGAGGAACUGGUUGCUGUAAUUAGGAGAAUAUCAUGUGACUCAUCUUUGGAUUCUGAAAAGAAAUCACACCUCAUGCAGAGCUUGCUGAUGAGUCAAUGGAUUUUGACUCAAAAGCUAUCUAAUUCUGAGGUUGCUGCUGCAAGUGACACGGAGAAAUUCCCUGGUCAGUGUCCUUCUUAUCGUGAUGAACAGGAAACCAUUCGUGGUUGCGGUCAUUACAAGAGGAACUGCAAACUUCUUGCUCCAUGCUGCAAGAAGCUUUUUACAUGCAUACGGUGUCAUGAUGAAACCACUGAUCAUAGUCUGGACAGAAAAACUAUCACCCAGAUGAUGUGUAUGAAGUGUUUGAAAAUACAACCUAUCGGUCCUAGUUGCUCAAGUCCCUCCUGCGAUGGCUUCUCCAUGGGUAGAUACUAUUGCAAAAUUUGCAAAUUGUUUGAUGAUGAAAGGCAAAUCUACCACUGCCCUUUCUGCAAUCUGUGCCGGUUGGGAAAAGGAUUAGGGGUUGGUUACUUCCAUUGCAUGAAUUGCAAUGCUUGCAUGUCGAAGUCUCUUUCUGUUCACGUAUGUAGAGAGAAGUGUCUGGAGGAAAACUGUCCAAUCUGCCACGAGUACAUUUUCACUUCGACCAAUCCUGUCAAAGCACUUCCUUGUGGCCAUCUGAUGCACUCCGCUUGUUUUCAGGAAUACACUUGUAGUCAUUAUACAUGUCCAAUAUGUAGCAAGUCACUUGGAGACAUGCAGGUUUACUUUGAGAUGUUAGAUGCAUUGCUGUCUGAACAGAAAAUUCCCGAGGAGUAUGCUGGCCAGACUCAGGCUAUACUAUGCAAUGAUUGUGAAAAGAGAGGAACAGCUUCCUUCCACUGGCUCUAUCACAAGUGCUCCUAUUGUGGUUCUUACAACACAAGACUUGUAUGAUCAAAAUCCACGAGGAUUACGAACAGCUAAAAUGUAGAGAACAAGAGCUUACAAUGUAGAGGAAACUUUUUUUCCUUUCACCAACUUAAGCGUGUACCACAUAUUUCAACAAUUCAUCCUGUGUUAAAAUCAAAAGAUUCUGGGAUUCUGAUUCAUGUUAAAGUAAUUUCCAGUGAGAACUAUGUUGAAUUCCGCAUUUACUACAAGAUGUGGGUGCUAACUUCUGAUAAGAACAAUUUUCACCAAGUCAGUGGAAAGAAAUAAUACAAGAAAUAUAUUUAUUUCUUGUUCAUUUUCCCAAAA